AUGCGCUUCCGUGAAUUGAAAUCUUCAAGGCUGUGCCUGGAGAAUAUGAAAUGUACUGAAGACAUGCUGUAUUACACAGGCAUCCCCUCUCAAACGGUUUUCAAGCACAUUCUGGGCUUAGUGUUGAAACAAAGUCCACGGCUUUUAAGAAGUGAGGAGAGAGGGGCACACAGUGUCGAGGACCAGAUGUUCAUGGUUCUGGUGCGCUUGCGCACAGGAAUGCAGAUGAAGGAGAUGUCACGGAACUUUUCGAUUUCCAUGGCCACCUUUAGCCGUAUCUUCUCGAAGUGGGUCCUGGCACUGAGAAAGGCACUUGUUGCAGUGACUAGGUUCCCAAGCCUUGCUGAAGUCCAACAACAUCUCCCGCCUCAUUUCAGGAAGUAUCCAAACACUCGUAUUAUCAUUGAUGGUACAGAAGUUCGUAUCCAGAAGCCUUCCGGCCUUAAUGCCCAAAAACAGACAUUUUCGAACUACAAGUACACAAAUACAAUGAAGUGUCUUGUAGGAGCAACCCCAGAUUGUUACGUAAGCUUUGUCUCCGCACUAUACGGCGGAGGUACGAGUGACAGGGCCAUUGUGCAGCAGUCAGCAUUACUUGAUCUCCUGGAGCCUGGCGAUGCAGUUAUGGCCCAUAAGGGGUUUAAAGUUGAUGACCUGCUUCCCCCAGGUGUUACCCUCCAUAUGCCCCCAUUUCGCAUUGCUGGUGAGGCUCAAAUGAGUGCUAAAGAUGUCGAAGCAACCAAACAUGUUGCGAGUGCGAGAGUGCACAUUGAGAGAGUGAUUAGAAGAAUUAAAGAGUUCCACAUCCUAGACAGACCUUUCCCCAUUAACAUGCUUGACCUGGCAGAUGCAGUGUUUACAACAUGUGCUCUUCUGUCGAACUUCAGGCUACCACUUAUAAGUAACAGACAGGACACAGAGCAGGCAGAUUCAGACUAG